CUUCCCCGAGUGUGCCGGGAGGGGUCCCUCUCCCCUCCCCUGUCACAUGGUGCGAGGGAGGGGGGCAGAGGGAGACUUUUCUCUCGCCGACUCUCCCCCAGCGCCGGCCAGUCUCCGCUCCCAACUCCUGGAGGCUGGAGGGAGCGCGGAGCCCGCGGGCGAUGCGGGCUCCGGGAGCUGCUCUCCGCAGCGGUGCGGGGAAGAGGCUCGGCGGCACCGCGCCUCUGCUGCCCGGCUGCUUCUGAUGCGCCGUGCAGCCCGGGGCCCCGGCUCCACGAGGAUGUGGCUCCUCUUCGGCGCGGCAACUUUCUGGGGAUUGGUCCUGGCUCCAGGAAUUGGUCUGCAAAUACAGUGUUACCAGUGUGAAGAAUUCCAGCUAAAUAAUGACUGCUCUGCUCCAGAGUUCAUUGUGAACUGCACAGUGAAUGUUCAAGACAUGUGCCAGAAAGAAGUAAUGGAAAAAAGUUCUGGAAUCCUCUAUCGCAAGUCCUGCGCAUCCUCUGCAGCCUGUCUCAUAGCCUCUGCUGGAUACCAGUCUUUCUGCUCCCCAGGGAAAAUGAACUCUGUUUGUAUCAGCUGCUGCAAUACUCCACUCUGCAAUGGACCCCGGCCCAAGAAGAGGGGGAAUUCUGGCACAGUGCCCAAGGCAGGCAUAUUAACUACUAUUUUGCUCUUAAAAUUGGCUCUUUUAUCAUCAGUGCAUUGCUAAACUUAAAGGAUUUUUUUUUGUCCUGGCAUUAUUUGUUCCAUAUCCCCAUAUCCCACUUUCUUCAAAGACACUGCUGUUCUUUUGCUGCCACCCUGCUAAAGAAGAGUUUGGUCCAAGAACCAUCUUCCUCUCCCUGUUUUUUUUUCUUUUGGUCAGCAAGUAAUAAAUUCAGUUGUCUGAUUGAAUAUCUAGUGUGCACUUUAAAAAACAAAUGGCGCACAAACUCAUGCUCCAUUUGUGUAACUGGAAACAAGUCCAUCAGAAACAGCACUCAAAGAAGGUAUAGUUGAUUGUUCAGUUUCUAGAUCCUCAGUUAUUUUAAUUUCCACGUUAUGUUUAUUGCUAAUCAUCUAACUUUGCCUUACACGGAGUCACAUUUCAUGUUCAUGAAGGCCAUUCUGUGCAGCUGGACUGGACUCUAAAUUAGUCUCCAGUGGCAUUAUUUCCAAGUUGGUCUCCAGUGAUUCAAGAUUCAAUUUUGAUGGACUGGUCUCAUUCUGAAAAGUACUUAAGAAAACAGGGCUCUUUCUAGAAGAAUUGCGCUUAGAUGAAAGGAAGAUCAAUGGACGCAUAAAAUGGCCGGUGCUGGUUCGAGAAUUCAAAUUGGCUCGCAGAAGCUUCUGUUUAUUGGCAUGUUCUAUCGUCAGAUGGCAACGGAGGACCUGUCGAAAUACGGUUCGGAACUGCUGAGAAGAGAUGUUGUACAGGAGUGGGUUUACCACAGAACUGAAGUAAAAGAAGGUAUCUGCAAUGGGAAGAAGGAUCAUAUACGCUCUGAAGUAGGGCACAGUCCAGUCCUGCUUAGGUUUAGCAGCAGCCAUGAUCCUUCGAAUCUGAUUUGGAACCCAACAUAUUGCCAGAGUGGCAACAAUCAGUCCUGUGAGCAAAGGGGGAGAAAGAGAAAACAUGUGAAACAAAUCAUACAAUAUUUAGUCUCUCAGUUUUGCACUUACUGGGUAGGAAAUGGUACUGAUUUUUCACUGUUUUGCUCGACAGCUUUUUCUGCCAGUAGCAAAUAUUUUAACAGGUUCAAAGUCAUUGCCGUAUAUGAUUGGAUAAAGAUUGUGUAAGAUUGUAUUUAUUUCUACCUGUUGGCACUUGUUAAUUUUCAGAUGUUCUCUCAUUGAUAUUUGUAUCUUUAGAAAGAAUGGGAAUUUUUUUGUUCCUACAUUUGUGUUUUCCCUUUUCUUCCUUUUUUUAAAAAAAUAUAGCCAUAUUAGUGCAGGCAAUACCCAGAAGAGAGAUCAGACUGUUUGUAUUUUACCAAAAAAAAAAAAAAAGAAUGCAUAAUAGUAUAUUAGGCAUUAUUUUUGGUAACUUUCCUCUUACAGAAGAUAUUUUUAAGUAAAGUAUGUAUGGAUCUUUUUAGGGUAAUUAAGAAGAUAUAUGUUGGGAAUUAAAUUCAUGAAUGUAAAUGGCACAGGAAAGACAGAAAUGUAAGCAGUUUGAGAUAAUACAAAAUGUGUUCCAAAAUGUGGUAUCUGAUCAUUCUAUAUUUACAUAUAAUGUGUCGCUGCAUCACGCUACCUUAUCGACAUUUUUUUAAAGGAAAACAUUAUCUAAAUAGACAUCUGAGGAUUCUGUCUUUAUGGAGAAGCUUUCAAUAGAGAAACAGCAAUAAUGGAGUCUCUCUUGUGACAGUAGCAUUAGAACACAUCUAUCAGAGUACUUUUCACCCAGUGGUAGCACAAGGAUAUGGAGGCAGGGAAGGGAAUGCAGUCUGAGUUUUGAAACUACUAACCUCUAGCUAAUAUGGAAACAAAUGCUGGAAAUCCUAACUUCUCAUUUGACGAUGAAACAAAUUCAAAUAUAAAUACUCCAAGAAAAUGUACUAAAAAUUGAAAACUUUACAGUUUCCACUAUAUUUUUCCCUUUUCAUCAAAGGUGCCUUGUAUUAAAACACAAUGGUAGCAGCAGAGUCUGCCUCCCCUACAGUUAGAAUAGUCUUGUAGAGCUCUGUAGUGCAAGGCAGCACAUUUUACCAGAUUUUUUCUACCUUUGAUUUUAUAGUUCUGAAAUCCAACCUGCUUCUCAACAGAAACAAGAAUUCUGCUGCUGCCUUUCAGUAAAUUUGGUUUCAUAACUACACCCCACGUCUUGUUAAUUCUAAAACAUAGAAAGCAAAAGAGAAUAAUUGACUGGAAAGGAUGAGAUCACUUUAGGGAGACAUGGAAUUCUAAAACAGUGCGAUAACAUUUGUUGGCUUGAAAACCAGUAUUUUACUAGAGUCAAAAUUAUGAAUGUAAAGAAAAAGAUAUGAGGCUUUCACCACUUUGGAAGUGCCAGGACUCAGAAACAAGCAGUGUGUGUAUUCAGUGUUCCAAGAACUGCAGUUUUCACAUUUUAAUUUUAUUUUUUCCAGAUUCUUUAAUAAAGAGAUUCAUUUUCUUAA